AUGAGAGUGCUUUCAUAUCAAGCAAAAUCAGCAAACAUGUUUCUUAAGUUGAGCGUCGUGUUGGGCCUGGCAGCUGCCUCUCUGGCCGCUCCGUCACAGCCUCCCUAUGGGUACUCUCCUCCUCCCUCUUACCAGUCUCCAGCUCAGUACAACUUCGACUGGGUCGUGAAGGACGACUACUCCGCCAACGACUACGGCCACCAGGAGUCCCGCGACGGCUACAACACCCAGGGGUCCUACUACGUGCAGCUUCCCGACGGUCGCCUGCAGAAGGUCACCUACCACGUGGACGGCGACUCUGGCUACGUGGCCGAGGUCACGUACGAGGGACAGGCUCAGUACCAAGCCCACCAGCCUUCGUACCAUCCUACGCCUUCAUACCGUCCUACACAUAGCCCUUCAUACCACACCACCCCUUCAUACCACACCACCCCUUCAUACCAUCCUACACCUUCGUAUAGACCUACACCUUCUUACCGGCCAAGACCUCAUCAUUGAAAAAGUGAUACAUAAAACAUAUUCACAUAAAGGUGAAUUUCAUUUACAAUAACCAUUUAUUUGGAAUCGCCUAACAUAAAUCUAAUAUAUAUCAAUA